AUGGGCGAGGAGGAGGAGGAGGAGGAGGAGGAGGAGGCUCUUCCGGUACGUGUUGUAGCGCGCGCAAGGCCCCUGCUAGGUGUAGAAACAGUCCUGUCGUGCCGCUCUUGCGUCGCAUUCAGUGGGGGAGCCUCUCUUGUCCUCGGGAAGGAUCGAGUCUUCACGUUUGAUGCUGUUUAUCCUCCUUCCUCCUCGCAAGAGAGCAUCUACAGCGAAUGGGUGAAGCCCCUGGUGGACGGAUGCUUCCAGGGAUACAACGCGACGGUUCUGGCGUACGGGCAGACAGGAGCAGGGAAAACUUACACGAUGGGGAGCGGGAACAACUCGUGCAGGCUUGAGGAGGAGAUGGGGAUCAUACCGCGGGUAAUGGCUGACAUGUUCCAGAGGAUAGAGGAGGACAGGUUCUUGUCCGGACGAGAGCUGGAGGUUCGGGUGUCGUACAUCGAGAUCUACAACGAGGAGAUGAAGGACCUGCUGCAUCCGUCGACGUCGUCCAAGAGCAUCGCGAUCAGAGAGCGAGGAGACGGGAAGAUCGUCCUCACUGGGGUGAAGGAGGUACAGGUGAACAGUUUGGAGGAGAUGCAGAGGGCGUUGGACGAGGGAAGCUUGUGCCGGACAGUCGCUGGGACGAUGAUGAACAACCAGUCGUCACGCUCUCAUAGCAUCUUCACCAUCACCAUCGAUCAGCAGGUGCCAAAGAGAGGAGGGAAGAGUAGGGAGCUCAUCACAGCCAAGUUUCACCUGGUGGACCUGGCCGGCUCGGAGCGAGCGAAGCGGACGGGGAACGUGGGGGUGAGACUGAAGGAGUCGGUGAACAUCAACUCCGGGCUCCUUGCCCUCGGCAACGUCAUCAGCGCGCUGGGCGAUGAGAAGAAGCGAGCGACGCACGUGCCGUACAGGGAGAGCAAACUUACUCGCAUGCUGCAGGACAGCCUGGGGGGCAACAGCAGGACGGUGAUGAUCGCAUGCAUCAGCCCGGCAGACUCGAGCUUCGAGGAGACGCUCAACACCCUCAAGUACGCCAACAGAGCUCGAAACAUCAAGAACGUCCCCAUCAUCAACCGC